GCGUAAUUUUCAAUUGAUCUCGCUCUUGGAAGUCAAGCUGCCGGCAGAGGAUUCCUUGCCGAUCUCAUACGAACGCACCUGUACGUAAACUUUAUACCUUCUUUGCAUCACUAAAGGUAAAGCAUUAAUUGGAUUCUCACCAGUCAUGGAGCAUCUGAGGGAAAAGUUGACAGAACUUACUGAAGAAGUGAAAAAGUUGACAAAACUACUGCAUGAAGAUACAGAAAAGAUUACUAAUAUUUUGAAGAAGUACGAGGAGAUCCUCAAUGAAGAGGGAGCAACGUUUAAGGAAUAUGAUGAAUUAAGUGAAUUAUCCCAAACCCUCACCAAAGUAAAGACUGAUUUAAGGAACGUUCGUGAAAAGGAAACCUCGAAAGAUAUAGUCAUUCAAUUUGUUGGAAAAGUCAGCAGUGGCAAAUCAUCCCUCAUAAACGCCCUACUCCGCGAAAGUCGUCUGCCUGUUGGAUUCAUGCAAACAACCAUGUGUUUUACUACAGUUUGCUGCACCGAGAAAAGCGAGUGGAGCAUUGAAAUAAUUGGCGAAGAUGGAAGCAAAGAGAUUCUCUCAGUGGGAACUGACGACAAGACUGUAAUCGAUCUUUUGAGUAAAAUGACAGGUCGAGAAAAUGAACAGCGACGGAAAGAGAAAGGAAUCGAUGGACGCACCAUUUUACGAGUCAAUUGGCCUCUGAACCAAUGCAAAACGUUACCACGAAACGUUGUCUUGUGUGACACACCCGGCUUAGGAGAGAAUGAUGAAGACGAUGAACUCACCACUCAGAGGGGCGAAAAAGCAGACAUAAUUGUAGCCGUUAUGGAUUCCAUGUCACCAUCAUCAAGGACCCUCAUUAACCUGGUGAAAAGAGUUGGCUGUCAAUUCACUUUUGCCGUCUUCACAAAGUGGGACGAAUGCUUAAGACUAGCGCGGGAAAAAGGAGAACACACCGUAAAAAAUACGGAAGAAAGGGCGAAUGAUUACGAAAAGGAGUUCUGCGAAGCGGUUCAACAGAAAGGCGACGUUUACUUCGUGAACGUCCAAGACUUUGGAAAUCCUGAUGAUAAAUUUCGUCAGUUCGAGGACAAACUGGCCAAGAGUGUAACAAAGUUAAAGGUAAAGUCACUUACUCAGCAAGCAAAAUCUGUCGCUUUGGAUUCCAGGAAGGUCUGCACAAAGCUAAAAAAUAUGGUCGACACCAGACAGAGAGAAAAAGUAAAAAGUCUGGGAAAAAAGUUGGAUUUCGUGGAAAAAGACAUCAAGACUAUCCGUAAAGCUUUUGAUGACACCGAGAGUAGUGAUAAAGACCUAGAAAUUUUAACCAACAAGGCAGUCCAACGGUUUCUUAAGGAAUUUGAAAACGACUUAUUAGAGGGCAAAUCAGAAGAAAAGGCUGUCAAAGACUUUCUCGACAAAAUCAAUGAGGAAAUCAAAUGCAGUUUGGCACAGAAAAGAGAUGCAACUGUUUUAGCCUUUCAAGAGUUGAAGAAAAACAUACAGUCCUACAAGAUUCAGUCUCCUAAUAUGCCCUCGUCUCAAGAACUUCUGCAGCUUACAGAGAUUCAAAGAUUACCUGAAGACCAAUACAAAUGGUAUCGCGAUGUUAAUUACUACGUCACAAAUAACUACAUCUGUGCAACCCUUGCUGGUGUCGCAAUUGUCGGAACUCCCUUCCUUUUAUUCGGUGCCGGUUUAGGGGCCGUCUUGCUUGGAGAGACAAUCGCUCAAGGAGUAAUUGCAGGUGGAGCAGUGGGAGGUCACGUGGGAGGGACCUUUGGAGCUGUCGGUGGAGGUUUUGGUGAAUUAGCUCGUGGCUUUCAUUUGGGAGACCAAUUGAAGAGAAGAUUCCCAAUCAGCCGAUACAAAGUAAAUUGUUGGAUAAGUUUCCUUGAAGAUCAAUUAAAAAAGCUCCACCAAAAAUGCAAGAGGCUUUUAAGGAAAGAAAAGGACGCCGCACUGAAAGACAUUGAAAGGAAAUUAAAAAAUUCCAAAGAUGGGAUGUCAGCCGAAAUGGCAGCACUUUUUAGCCAGUCAUACAUCUUGAACAAGCAACUUGAACAACUGGGAAUCAUUUGUGACCAAAUGCAGACAACAAUAGAAGGGUUUGACGAGCUGCUGGCUGAGUAA